GCUCACGGCCCGCGGUGGGAUUGGCAGUAAAAUGCUCGGAGCAGCUUCGCUGUGAAACCGGAGAGACGCUAAUUGAGAUCUCUAAAUGCUUGGGGUUCCUGCUGGACACGCCAUACGAGCGCAAACAGCGAGCUGGACAGAAGAGCGGUGCCGGGACUCCACAUCUGUUGCGCUGUCGCUGCGACGGCGUUGCUGAAGUUUUAAUACGCUUCGGCCACAUCACAAGGACCCAGUACCACAUUGCGGAUAUUUUUUUAAUUUCUUCUGAAAGAAAGACGAAAUGUUUGCCUUCUCUACACCCGAUGGAAUGAAAUCGCCAUAGAAUAUCAAUGCAGUGUCUUUCUUUGCCUGGAUUUAGCACUUUUUCAUAGCGAACUCGCACUUUUCAGUCCGCAGCUCCAGGGACUCGAGGUUUUAUUCCGCGGCUGAGGCAUAAGAAGAGGAGUGUUAUUCUUGAGUUGGACUUUGCGCAAAGUAAUAAGGAUCAAGUCUUUCGUGUUCCGUGGGCAGCUGGUGCUAUUUUUCUUUGGACUAAUUUAGAACUGUACCAAGAAGUUUAUUUCUCGUCCUCCAGGAGCGAAGCACCUUCUGAGGAAAUAAUCGGGAAUGACAGUGUCGUGUUACUGGGCCGUACGUUGAGCUUGCCAAUGGCGGGACGCAGAGUCUGAGGCCGGCGGAAGGCUGUGGGGUGCCGCCCCCCUUCGUUUUUCCUUCGCUACGAGGCGCAGGCCCGACCUGCCGACCCGCACCAUGACCCCUGUCCUCAUACUCAGCCUGCUGCUCAUCAUCCUGGCUGAUGGAGUGGUGGUCAGGCCAGAGUCACCAGAGGAAGGCAGAGUGACAGAGCUUAGAGUCUCCCAUGCUGUUCUCCAAAGUGGGCAUCCCAAAAACGCCGCAGUGCUGGUGGGGGGCAAGGCCCGCCUCAUCUGCAUGGGGUAUGGGACCAAAGCUGCUCGACUCCAGUGGCUGAAGAGAGACUACACCCAUGUUGGGCCAGACGGCCAAGCUGACCUCAUACCUCUGACGCCUGGCCGCGGGAGCGAAUCAAACGUCCUGACUCUGAGGGAAGUGUUGUCGGGGGACGCAGGGGAGUACGUCUGCCAGGCCGAGAGCUUGCAGGGACGGACAUCCGUCUCCGCCUGGCUGUGGGUCCUGCCAGAGCGCUCCCCGCACCGGCCCAUCCUGCAGGCUGGCCUGCCGGCCAACACCGCCGCCGUGGUGGGCAGCGACGUGCACUUCUACUGCAAGGUGUACAGUGACGCCCAGCCCCACAUCCAGUGGCUGAAGCACAUCGAGAGGAACGGCAGCCGCUACGGGCCCGACGGCGCCCCCUACAUCCAGGUCUUGAAGAUGGGCAGCCUGAACAUGUCAGAGAUGGAGGUUCUCACCCUGUCCAAUGUCACCAUGGAGGAUGCCGGGGAGUACACCUGUUUGGCUAGAAACUCCAUUGGCUCCUCCAACCAGUCUGCCUGGCUCUCUGUCCUACCAGAGCCCUUCACUGAAAGACCUAAACGGUCUUCGUCUGACUCAGCAGAUAUCUACGAGGGCCACUCGGGGGAGACCACAGAGCGCCUGCUGCUGGUGCCUGGAGAUCUCCUCAAACUCAGUUGUGACAGCAACCACACCGGGCCCGUCCUCUGGUACAGGGGCAACGUCCGGGUCCAGCACAGUGCCCGGGUGCAGAUCCGCUCCAGGGUAAUGGAGAUCACGGACGUGGCGUACGAGGACUCGGGCCUGUACACGUGCGUGCUGCGCAGCACCAGAGCUCCCCUGCGGACCUUCGCCAUCACCGUCGUGGACUCGUUAGGCUCGGGUGACGAUGAGGACGACGACGACAACAACGACGACGAUGAGGAUCGCGGUGGGGAGGACGCAGCGUCCGAGAUGGAGGACGAGCAGGUCUAUUUGACCAGAGGACCCUACUGGACGCACACUCAGCGCAUGGAUAAGAAGCUGUACGCUGUUCCCGCCGGAAACACGGUGAAGUUCCGCUGUCCUGCCGCCGGCAGCCCUCUGCCCACCAUACGCUGGCUGAGAAACAACAGGGACUUCCGCGGAGAGCACCGUAUCGGGGGCAUUAAGCUGCGGCAUCAGCACUGGAGCCUGGUUAUGGAGAGCGUGGUCCCGUCGGACCGGGGCAACUACACUUGUGUGGUGGAGAACAAGUACGGCUCCAUCACGCAUACCUACCUCCUGGAUGUACUGGAGCGCUCCCCGCACCGGCCCAUCCUGCAGGCCGGCCUGCCGGCCAACACCACCGCCGUGGUGGGCAGCGACGUACGCUUCUACUGCAAGGUGUACAGUGACGCCCAGCCCCACAUCCAGUGGCUGAAGCACAUCGAGAGGAACGGCAGCCGAUACGGGCCCGAUGGCGCCCCCUAUGUGCAGGUCUUGAAGACGGGCAGCCUGAACAUGUCGGACGUGGAAGUUCUCUUCCUGUCCAAUGUUACCAUGGAGGACGCUGGAGAGUACACCUGUUUGGCUGGAAACUCCAUUGGCUUCUCCCACCAGUCUGCCUGGCUCACUGUGCUGCCAGAAGAAGAGUUAUUGGGCUCUCUGGAUGUGAUGGAGACCAAGUACACUGACAUCAUCAUCUACGCCUGCGGUUGCCUGGCGCUCGUGAUGGCCGCGGUCAUCGUGGUCCUGUGCCGCAUGCAGGCUACUGCUGCCAGGGAGCCCUUCCACGUCCUUCCCGUGCAGAAGCUCUCCAAGUUCCCCCUGCACAGACAGUACUCCGUGGACUCUGACUCGUCCGGGAAGUCGAGCGCCUCCCUGGUGCGUGUCGCGCGCCUCUCCUCCAGCUGCUCCCCGGCGCUGGCGGGAGUCAUGGAGAUCGAGCUGCCAUACGACCCCAAUUGGGAGUUCAACCGAGAGAGUCUGACCCUGGGGAAGCUGCUUGGGGAAGGUUGCUUCGGACAGGUGGUCAGGGCGGAGGCCUAUGGAAUUAACAAGAGCCGCCCAGAUGAGGUGACCACUGUGGCAGUCAAGAUGCUGAAAGACGAUGCCACAGACAAAGACCUGGCCGACCUCAUCUCUGAGAUGGAGCUCAUGAAGGUGAUGGACAAACACAAGAACAUCAUCAACCUGCUGGGCGUGUGCACACAGAAUGGGCCGCUCUACGUGCUGGUGGAGUACGCCUCCAAAGGCAGCCUGCGUGAGUACUUGCGGGCGCGGCGUCCUCCCGGCAUGGACUACACCUUUGACAGGACCAAGGUGCCUGAGGAGCAGCUCACCUUUAAGGACCUGCUGUCCUGCGCCUACCAGGUGGCACGGGGCAUGGAGUACCUGGCCUCUAAGAGGUGCAUCCACAGGGAUUUGGCAGCAAGGAACGUCCUUGUCACAGAGGAUAACGUCAUGAAGAUUGCUGACUUUGGCCUGGCGAGGGGCGUGCACAACAUUGAUUACUACAAGAAAACCACCAACGGGCGUCUGCCAGUAAAAUGGAUGGCACCAGAAGCCUUGUUUGACAGAGUCUAUACACAUCAGAGUGACGUAUGGUCUUUUGGGGUCCUGAUGUGGGAGAUUUUCACCCUGGGGGGCUCACCGUACCCCGGAAUCCCUGUUGAGGAGCUCUUUAAGUUGCUGAAAGAGGGACAUCGAAUGGACAAACCCUCCAAUUGCACACACGAGCUCUACAUGAAGAUGAGAGAGUGCUGGCAUGCGGUUCCAACCCAGAGGCCCACCUUCAAGCAGCUGGUUGAGGAGCUGGACCGGCUGCUGCUGUCUGUCUCUGACGAGUACCUGGACCUGGCCACGCCCUUUGAGCAGUACUCCCCCUCCUGUGAAGACACCUCUGGAUCCUGCUCCUCUGACAAUGACUCGGUUUUUACCCACGAUGCCCUGUCACCCGACCCCUGUCUCCUUGGCUACCGCGAGGUGCAGAACAGGGCUCGGACCUGAGAGGACACAGAGACCCGGGAUGAUCCCACCGAGGGUUGGGGCUUAACAUGGCACUAUGUGAAGGACCUGAGUUUCCAGAACAGACGGGCGUGAAUUGGGGGGGGGUGUUAGGGCAGGACGUUCUGGCAAUGCUUCUAAGAAUUCGGGGCUCAGGGCAUGGCACUCUGACACCUGGCAAUGAAAAUGGCCGCUUUGUGUUUUCAGCUUGUCCCAAACAAAGACCAUCCAUCUGUUCAGCUGGAUACUCUUGGUUGCCAUGGGGACAGAUCAGAUAUGGGGGAUGGGCCCAGUGUACAAACUCAUAUAUGUAAAAGGAGCUGCCCCAGAACCAGACCACAGACAACCUGGAGAUGGACAACACAAGUAGAGAAAAUAUAUUUAUAUAAGCAGAAGCUAGCGUUGUGAAAUACAGAUAGGCUUAGAGGAUUUGGAUGUUUAUCUUUGAAAGACCCUUAAAAAGCUGAUAAGACAGCCUGAAAUGUAUGUACGAAAUCCUUCAGACAUAAAUAUAGAUAUAUAGAUUCUUUUACAAAACAGUAUUUAAAAUGGUCUUAAAUCUCAGGAUAUCGUAUGUUAAAUUGCUAUUAUGGCCGUAAGUGCCUGCAUUUCUGUAAAUAUAUUAAGUAAUAAAAUAUGUUUAUGUACAUCUCAAAGGAAAAAUAAGACAAGCUACCAUUUAUAAAUUAUUUGAACUGGUAUGAGAUGAAGGCAUUGCAACAAGUCCAGUUCUGACUGUAUAUUUUUGCUAUUGCUACGCAUUUGAAGAUCAGUAUUUUAUAAUUAGAGAGUGUUUCUCAAUGUUGUUAUAUACCUUUGAAAGCCCUUAUUAAAGAAGUGGAGUAAAAGAAUUAAUCAGGACACAGAUCUGAUCAUUCACAGGCAUAUCAUCAUGGGACCCCACUUUUUAGAGAGUAUAGCUGCUGCUGGAAAUACUGUAUGAAUAAAGCCCAGAACUGAGUCUGAAACCAGGAGACUGAAUUAAUAUUUAUCCUCUUUUGUUUAUUAUGAUGUUUUGAAUGAUGCCAUCAGUGUUCAGGAGAAAUGCGGAGUCUAUGGAGAGCUGUGACCCUGUGCUGAUGUAAAGGUUGUGAUAAGUUUGUGUGCUGCCUGUUGGGCUCCAGAAAACUGCCUGUGUUCUAAUAUGUCUUAAGUGCAUCAACACUCAUGCUGCCCUUCUGGGAAACUCCUGGGGGAUUUUCCUUUAUGGGACACAGAUCAUUGCCAAAGCAGGUAAAGGUAUGCAGUUCUCACAGAUAGUUGUAGGUAUGCCCCUUAGUUUUGGUAUUUCUGGUCUUUGUUGGAUAUUAUUUAAACUUGAAGGCAAAACUUGUGGGCAAUGAAUGUGAUUUGCUUUCCAGCAGGGCUAAGGUUAGGUUGCAUUAUGGUUUCCUUCUGUUGUGGUUAAGGUGUGAAAUUACUUCAGAGUGUCAGUUGUUAGCAGGGGUUGUACUUCACAUAUCUCUUGUAUUUUAAACUUUUAUUUCUCUCUCAUGUUGGCUCAACAACCAAGCACUAGGGUGUUUAUUCUGUAAAUCCCAUGCAAUAAUUCAAGCUAUGGCCUUCUACCGAAAUGACGGUUUACACGGUGUACCUGAUUUUCCUUGGACACAAACAAAUCUAGUUGGCUACGCAUACAUAUCUAAUUUAUUUGUUUAUUGUUUUUGUUUUUAUAUAAAAUAA